GAGAAAUGCAUGCAUGGCGUUACAGAGAGUUCAAAUCACCCUUCGCUCCACUUCUUUCGGACGGUCCUGCAGAAGGCUAACACCAUUUAAUUUCUCCUUGGAAAACGAAGCAGUCGCACGCACCGAAGGGAAAAAAGACUAAUGAAACCAAGAAAGCAACUCUCAAUGUCACGUGAAAGGCGAGAAAAACCGCACGGCUAUUUUCAGUAAGAGCAUUUCUGUUUUGACUGAAAUUGCCACGGGGGAGAGAGAAAGAAAGGCGGAGGUGGACGGAAAUUACGCCGCGUCGAAGCUGCAGCCGUGCGAGCCUUUCUGUAGCAGGUAGUUUCUCAUUGGAUGUGUAUUUUUUUUUUAAACUGCUAGAUUAAAGUGACAAAAGCUAGGUGAUGAACACGAGGCGCCCUCCCGGAUAAAUCGCAAAGCAUGGCAAGGAUGCUCCUCUCAGAAGAAGCAGGUGUAUUCCGCCAAGUGAAAGCGCAGGACGCAGAACGGCAGCGACGCACAGCCGCCUCUGGACCGUAAUCACCUGCUCCAAAGGAAAACACCCUAUUCUAAGACACUGUGGCUCUUAACCUGCUUAUCAUCGUCAUAAUAACUAGAUUUUCUCUCAACUUAAAUCUCGUUGGCUAACCAGGAGGAUGAGAGUGAUGUGAAACAGCGGGACGCAUUUGGAAAAUUCUAUACUGACAGGAAGAAAAAGUCAAGGAUUGUUCUGUUGGCUUUUUUUAAAUUUUAAUUUUACAGCUCCGUUACUGAAGCAGCUCACUCUUAUUAAGGACAAAAUUAUCUGCAAGGAUGGCCGGGACACUCUUCUCAGUGGACUCAGUCUACAUAGGAAUGGAGGUGGUAAUUGCUGUGGCGUCUGUAAUCGGGAAUGUGAUGGUGGUCUGGGCGGUGAAGAUUAAUAAAUCGUUGCGAGAUACCACGUUUUGUUUUAUUGUCUCCCUGGCUCUGGCGGAUAUUGCAGUGGGAGCACUCGUCAUCCCUUUGGCCAUUACUAUCAACAUCGGACUCCAAACUCACUUUUACAGCUGCCUGCUUGUGGCGUGCACGGUGCUGGUGCUGACGCAAAGUUCGAUCCUGGCCCUCUUGGCUAUUGCAAUUGACCGCUAUCUCAGGGUCAAAAUCCCGACCAGGUAUAAGCGGGUGGUGACCCCUCGGCGAGCGGCACUGGCAGUCGUGAUAUGUUGGACGGUAGCGUUUAUUGUGGGACUCACACCCAUGUUAGGCUGGAACAACCUGAAGCGCUGCCAGGAGAACGGCUCCAUCAGCUCCGACCUCAUUACCACGUGCAAGUUUGAAAAUGUCAUCAGCAUGGACUACAUGGUCUAUUUUAACUUUUUUGGCUGGGUGCUCCCACCUCUGCUGCUCAUGCUGUUCAUCUAUGCAGAAAUCUUCUACAUGAUCCACAAGCAGCUUAACAAUAAGAAGCUGAACACCAGUCACGCAGACCCCAACAGGUACUAUGACAAAGAGCUGAAUCUUGCUAAAUCCCUUGCUCUUGUCCUCUUUCUCUUUGCUGUGAGUUGGCUCCCCCUCCACAUCAUCAACUGCAUCACACUCUUUUGUCCUGAGCGUAACAAGCCCAAAGUCGUCCUCUACAUUGCCAUCCUGCUCACCCACGGCAACUCUGCGGUCAACCCAAUUGUCUACGCUUUCCGCAUUAAGAAGUUCCGCUCAGCCUUCCGGAAAAUCUGGCAGCAGUACUUCUGCUGCAAGGACACAUCGGCUCUGGAGACCCAGGCCAGUGACAGGAAAGAGAUGCCAACGUUAGACCUACAGCAGGCAACACCGCCUCUUUCUCCUCAGACAGAAAUCCCUAAACCUCAGCCUCUGUCUGAGCCGCAGCAAAACCAGAAGGCCGAAUCACCUCAAAAACAUAAAGGACAGCCAUCCUUACUGGGGCAGAAUGCAGCCUAAGCAAAGGAUAGAGCUGACGCCUGGAGAAGUAAUGAUCAGUGGGCAAAGCAUAGCUCUCUCCUCGUCUAACGUGUAACAUGCAUUGUUACGCAGGGCUACAAUGCUUAGCGGAAGGGAGCCAGUUAAAUCACUGGAUGAGCAAUUGUCUUCACUCAGGACGAGUGUAUAUGCUGAAAGUUUGGUCAGAAAGAGCAAAAAAAGAGAUUGCAUAUAAACUUGAAAUAAUGGAAGUCUUUUUCUUACAGUGACUGUUGGUUUAUCUUAGUAACAAACUGAGAACACUGAGCUUUAACUGUUUUAUUCAAUUAGAUGAAACAGUUGGUGGAAACAUUACAAGAUGUGCAAUAUAAGUUAUUGUGGUUGGUCAGUAUGAGAUAAUCAGAUAUUGCAACUUUCUUAAACGUUUAUAUAUUCAACGGAGGCGGCAACUCUUACUACUCUAUAACUGUGUGUAAGUUUAAAGUGACAGUGGCUAAAAAUUUAUGAAUGUAAUAAUGUAAAUAUGGGACUGAAAGUAGCACAGCUGUGAAUGAGCAUAUCUCCUUCAGGGUCUUCACUGGGCAACAAUGUGUAGUGUGUUAUGAUAGAAAGCUUUUUUGUAACCCCUUAACUCCUUUAUGCAGGAGCCCCCCCCCCGGUCAUUCAGCAGUAUCAAUCUAUAGCAGAAGGAGCGAUGAAUAGGGAUAAAAAAAAAAACAAGCAGAUGGAUGCAUCAAGAGGUUUUAACCUUUUAGGUGUUACGUGCAAGAGAGUCGAAGAAGGAAGACAGCAAGUCACCUGGGAAAAACCCAAGAUGCACUUAAACCUCCUCCUUGAGUGGAUCUCUUACUACCAGCGUCUUUUAUCUGAUAGUAAGAGUGGGAUUUCCCUUUUUACAUUAAUAACAACAUUAUCACAUCUCAACACCAGAGACAGUAGCAGCCAUGGCCUUAUUCAUUAUCUGAACUGGUGUGGGCUCCACUUUUAACUGACCCAGAAAUGACAACCUGAAGAUGGUGAGUAUGUACUACUCUGUAAGAUGAACUUUUUUCGCAUUAGCCCAAACUGGGUCAUGAGUAGCUUAGUAAUGUAAGUAUUGUAAAUGCCACUGACUUUAAGACUGUGUGAGAAUGUAAAGUAACUUUCUUUUGUCUCUGGAAAAGACUCAGAGCUUGGGAUAAGACACUGACAUUCUCCUAAACUGGUGACAAUCUCUUCUGUAAGGUUAAGGCAUUUCUAUCACUGUCUUAAACAUCUGACAGGCAGGAGCAGACAGUGAAGCUUGAUGUUCGAUUGACUGAAAAGACAAGGUCAACAGAAACAGUAAAGCACUCCACCCAUGUGAAAUGCCUACAAAGUAGAGGCUCGGUGGGCUGUAAAUACAUACGUUUAAGAGAAAAGUGGAUGAAUAAAUGUUUAAAGAUGUGUCUUUUUUUUAGUUAAUGCAAUUUAAAGCCUGGGUUUACAGCUCUGAUUAGCACUGAAUAGUGAAAUAUACAUAUUUGUCUUAUGAUUUUAUAUUUUUUAAUAAAAUGUAUAAUUCCUAGUCUGAAUGUUACUACUGAGCACAGUGCCUAUGUGCUCUAUGAUAUAUGGUUAUAAAGUAAAAAGCAUUUUCAGCAGUAAAUAUGAUUUUUUUAAAACUUAAAUUGAAUCUGGUUAUGUUUUUUUUAUAAAUUAAAGAGGAAAUAAUCACAAAGAAUGCCAUCAUCAGUCAUAGAACAUCAGUGCAGUGCACAUCAGUAAAAACAUCACAAUUCAGUCAUGGUAAAAAAAAGAAAGUACAUUUAUAGGGUUUUACAUAACAGGACAUAAUAAAUCAUCAUCUAGUCCUAAGAAAAUACAACCUGAGGUGAAUAACAACCCAAACAUAUUGCAACCUCUCCUUAUUUAUUUAAGAAAAAUAAAGCAAAAAUGCAGAAGCAGUGCCUGAAAAAUGAAAUAUAAUUAAGCACACCCUUAGCUGCUCCUUAGCUUCUAAAUUACACUGGAAGCAGUAAGUGCUGCUAAUAAAAUGCACUUGAGGAGGUGAUCAUCACCAUGUGUGAGCACCUCUAUAAAAGCAGAAGUUUUGGCAGUGUGCAGAUCUGGAGCAUUCAGGUGUGAUACAGUGCCAAGGAGGAAAGACACCGGCAAUAAUCUUAGAGAAGCAAUUGUUGAUGCCCAUCAACAAUAAAUAAAUAAAUUUAAAAAAAAAAAGAAACAAACAAAAAAACAAGAGCUUCACCUCAGAAUCUGCAGGCAUGUAAGAUGUUAAAGCUCUGUAACAGUGUACAGGACACAGCACCAUGUUUGGUGAAAACUGAAGACAGCAUAUUAGCUGUGCAUAACAGCAUGUUUUGUAGCCACAGGACCCGGGCACCUUGAAAUAAAUAAACCAAACACUUUUCUGUAAGUCAAAGUAUUCUAAAGCCAAAUGUGAGGCUGAAAGCUAAAGUUAGUCUGAAAAUUGGGCCAUUAUACAGAACAAGAGUUGCAAGCAAACCAGAAGAUCUACAUCAGAAUGGCUGAAAAAGAAAGAUGUCAGACCUCAGUCUGAUUGAAAUGCUGCAGUCACGCCUUAAGAGAACUGUGUAGCAAGAAAUGCUCACAACCGUCAACGAAAUAAAGGAAAACACUAAAGAGAAGCGGUUCAAAAUUCCUCCACAAUGAUGUAUGAGACUGAUGAAUUCAAACAGAAGAUGUAGCACUUGAACUUACUCCUCUAGGUGAUUUAAUAAGCUGGGUGUACUUAGUUUUCCAUACAUUGCUUAUGUAUUUUUGCUCAGUUUUUUAGUUAUACAGUAAUACAGAAACAACCAGCAGUGACUUUAAGCCAGAGAUAAAAAUUUAUCAACAUUUGAUUCGAUCAUUCUCAAUGUGCUUUGGCUGAGACUGGAUGUGUAUGAUGUCAAAGACAUUUUGGUUGUAAACUUUGGUCAACUCUGUUUUCUUACAUAAAUGUAGUUCUUUUACUCAAAUAAAGGGUUGUUUCACAGAGUGAUUGUCCCCACGAUGUAAUUGAAAAAUAAAUCAUAUGCUGAA